AGAGGUCUCGUCGUUCGGUCUUUCUGCCCAGUCCAGUUCCACCGCCGAAUUUUCGGCGCCGAUUUCUUUUCUCUGUUGCCUAUUCUUUACUCAGUUGGAUUCAAUUAGCGAGUUACGAAAAUGUCAUCCAGCCUAGAGCAGUUAGAAAACUUCGACGAUAGUCAAAUAGAUCUUGCAAAUGUUCCUUUACAAGCGCUAAGCCAUCGCUCAAGGGAGCUGCUGUACACGUUGCUCAAUCAGCAGCAUAUAUUCACGUCGGAAGAGGGUUAUUUCCGAGAUUGGCGCGGUGCUUUCGAAGUAAUUGGCGUUCCACGACGUUUUUUUGUGUUGGUAGAGAAUAGUCCUAGUCCAGCCAAGUGCCUGUUGGAGUUAUGGGUCCAAGAAGACUGCGAGCGACCAGCGAAUUUGGCCCAGCUACAGGAAGUGCUUGGAUGCAUCGAUCGGUGGGAUGUGGUGGAUGACACAUCGGAAAUGUUCAGGAACGAUGCGCUGAAAUUACUGCGGAAUCAGCAAAUGAAUCCUGUCGAUUUGGUAGAUAUGAAUAUCAUGACAAGAGACGAUACUCAUGACCAUCAACAGCAGUACGAUGCGUUUGUCCUCUAUGCUGACCAGAAUGUUGCGUUUGCCACGAAAAUGGUAGCAACUCUCGAAAAUCGGGGAAUGCGCUUGUGUCUGAAAGAUCGAGACAUUCUGGUCGGUGGGGACUGCGAGUACGAAGUUGUAAUUCGCCUCAUAACGGAACGCUGUCGGCGGUUGGUUGUGAUUAUCUCCCAAGCAUUCGUAGCAAAUGAAAUGAAUAAGUUUGCUGUGGCCUUUGCGCAUGCUCUGCAGAUUGAGAAACGAAAGCGUAAAGUAAUUCCCUGUGUGAUCGAAGAAUGCGAAGUGCCACAGCACUUGCAGUUCUCUUCUAAGCUAAAUUAUUUACGACGAAACAUAUUUUACAACUUCUGGGACAAACUGACGGAAUCAAUCAGAGAUCCAGUUGAUGUACAACGUGCCUAAUGAACUAGUAGGCAUGUUCGUGAUUAAAGCUGUAGCGUUCGAUAAUGAGUACCUAUACCGACUAGGAAACGCCACUAAAACCAUGACAUAAGCUUACUUAUCUAAACUAGUAUAUUUUUUAAAAAUAUUCUCUACUUUAUAAAGUAUUCCUUUUGUCUUAUGAAUAUCAACCAUAGAUAUCAACCAUUACUAAUCAUGUUCCUAACUAUAUGAACGUUGUCGCAAAUGAUAUUGCAGAUUUUAAUUUUAACAUUUAAAAACAAGCGAGUAUAACAUUUUGUUUCUUCGUUCCUAGCAGUGAAAGAUUUGGAUAUGGUUAGUUUAAUUAAUAUAGGAAAAGGUGUAU